AUGUUGAAAAAAUCAAUGACUGCGACCAACGAAGCGAGAGUGGAUGAUAUAGUAGCAGACAAGUCCAACGCCGACGGUGCGGCUGGGAAUACCCCUGUGAUCGUAAUCCGCUCCCCUAGUAAUAAUCCGCAGGAUUUUCAUUCCGUUGGAGAGAAAGCGAAGCCAAUCGCGUCAGGGGUCGAGAAUAGGAGGAAUCCAAUACGCGAGGUCCGUAAGAAACGAGAAUUCCAUUGUCAGAUGUGUAGUAAGCGUGAUAGUGAUCAAAUGGUGCAGUGUGAUGGUGAUGGCUGCAAGCAGUGGUUCCACUACGAGUGUGUAGAUGUAACGGAUGACGUUGCGAUCGUCAGCUGGAUCUGUCCUAUUUGCACUACCGCAAAGGAUUAA